UGCAUCUCUCUCUGCUUGCUCAGCCAGAACCAGGAUUAGAGGGCUCCCUGUCUGUCACAAUCCCGCGCUUCUCCACUUCUCUCUCUCUCUCUCUGGUGACCUCAGCCUCCCUUUUCCUCCUCCUCCUCCUUCUCAGCGCGGAUGCUCUUUCCACAUUCACUUCUUCCUCCUCCUCCACAGGUCCUUUAAGAGAGGACUCUAGCAUCAGAGCACAGAGAGCCACACUCCAUAGGCUUCUUUCUUGGGUCUUUAGUGGAGCAAAACAAGACCCAAAGCCAUGGCUGAAGGGUUCCAGGAGGAUGGAAAGGAGGGGGACAUCCUGGGACAGGUGGACACAUACCUCUACCACAUGCGGCUUUCAGAUGAGACGCUGCAGGACAUUUCAGACCGGUUCCGGAAGGAGAUGGAGAAGGGCCUGGGUGCCGACAGCAACCCAACUGCCUCCGUGAAGAUGCUGCCCACUUUUGUGAGGUCCACCCCCGAUGGGACAGAGGAAGGAGAAUUCCUGUCCUUGGAUCUGGGAGGAACCAACUUCCGGGUCUUGAGGGUCAAGGUGGCCGACAACGGGAGCAAGAAGGUCGAGAUGGAGAACCAAAUCUAUGCAAUUCCGGAGGACCUCAUGCGUGGAAGUGGAGCGCAGCUCUUUGACCACAUUGCGGAAUGUCUGGCCAGCUUCAUGGAGCAGCUGGAGAUCAAGGAGAAGAAGCUCCCGCUGGGCUUCACCUUCUCUUUUCCUUGCUACCAGACCAAACUGGACGAGAGCAUCCUUGUGAACUGGACCAAAGGGUUCAAGUCUAGUGGUGUGGAAGGCCGGGACGUGGUCUCCCUCCUGCGGAAAGCCAUCAGGAAGCGUGGGGACUUUGAUAUCGAUAUCGUUGCCGUGGUGAAUGAUACUGUUGGGACGAUGAUGACCUGUGGAUAUGACGACCACAACUGCGAAGUGGGGCUCAUUGUUGGCACUGGUUCCAAUGCUUGCUACAUGGAAGACAUGCGCCACAUCGACUUGGUGGAAGGUGACGAGGGGCGCAUGUGCAUCAACAUGGAGUGGGGUGCCUUCGGGGAUGAUGGGGCGCUUGAUGACAUCCGGACCGAGUUCGACCGGGAGAUCGACAUGGGAUCCCUCAACCCAGGAAGACAACUGUUUGAGAAGAUGAUCAGCGGCAUGUACAUGGGGGAGCUGGUGCGGAUCAUCCUGGUCAAGAUGGCCAAAGAGGAGCUGGUCUUCGACGGGAGGCUCACCCCGGACCUGCUGACCAGGGGCCACUUCGAGACCAGAUUCGUCUCCGCUAUUGAGAAGGAGAAGGAGGGCUUGUCCAAGGCCCGUGAGAUCCUGACCCAGCUGGGCCUGGACCCCACUCCAGAGGACUGCUUGGCCACGCAGCGUAUCUGCCAGGUGAUCUCCAUGCGCUCUGCCAACCUCUGCGGGGCCGCCCUCUGUGCUGUCCUUCGCCGCAUCAAGGAGAACAAGGGGCUAGACCGGCUGCGGACUACCGUGGGGGUGGACGGCACCGUCUACAAGAAGCACCCCCACUUUGCUCGCCGGCUGCAGAAAGUGGUGCGGCGCCUGCUUCCAGACUGUGAGGUGCGCUUCAUCCGCUCAGAGGACGGGAGUGGGAAGGGGGCAGCCAUGGUGACGGCAGUGGCCUACCGGCUUGCGGCCCAACGAAAGGUCCGACAGGAGAUCCUGGACCCAUUGUGCUUGAGCCAUGAGCAGCUGAUGGAGGUCAAGCGCCGCAUGCGGCAGGAGAUGGAGCGCGGCCUGGCCCUGGAGAGCCACUCCGAAGCCACCGUCAAGAUGCUGCCCUCCUAUGUCUGCUCUACCCCAGAUGGCACCGAAAAGGGGGAUUUCCUGGCCCUGGACCUCGGGGGCACCAACUUCCGGGUGCUGCUGGUGAGGAUCCGCAGUGGGAUCCGGCGGAGUGUGGAGAUGCACAACAAGAUCUAUGCCAUCCCACAGGAUAUCAUGCAAGGGACCGGGGAGGAGCUCUUUGACCACAUUGUGCACUGCAUUGCGGACUUCCUGGAGUACAUGGGCAUGAAAGGCGCCUCCCUCCCGCUGGGCUUCACCUUCUCCUUCCCGUGCCACCAGACCAGCCUCGACAAGGGAAUCCUCCUGAAGUGGACCAAAGGCUUCAGCGCGACGGGAUGUGAAGGGAAUGACGUGGCCGAGCUGCUCAAGGAAGCCAUCCACAGGAGAGAGGAGUUUGACCUCGAUGUGGUGGCGGUGGUCAAUGACACGGUGGGCACCAUGAUGACCUGUGGCUAUGAAGACCCUCUGUGCGAAGUUGGGCUGAUUGUUGGCACCGGUUCCAAUGCUUGCUACAUGGAGGAGAUGAAGAACGUGGCGCUGGUGGAGGGUGACGAGGGGCGCAUGUGCAUCAACAUGGAGUGGGGUGCCUUCGGGGACAGCGGCUGCCUGGACGACAUCCGGACAGAGUUCGACGUGGCUGUCGACGACAACUCCUUGAACCCAGGGAAGCAGAGGUAUGAGAAAAUGAUCAGUGGCAUGUACUUGGGUGAGAUUGUCCGCAACAUCCUGAUCAAUUUCACCAAGCGUGGGCUGCUCUUCCGUGGGCGGAUCUCCGAGCGCCUGAAGACCCGGGGCAUCUUCGAGACCAAAUUCCUAUCUCAGAUUGAGAGUGACCGACUGGCCUUGCUUCAGGUGCGCGCCAUUCUGCAGCACCUGGGCCUAGAGAGCACCUGUGACGACAGCAUCAUUGUGAAGGAAGUCUGUGCCGUUGUGGCCCGGAGGGCAGCCCAGCUCUGUGGAGCGGGGAUGGCGGCCGUGGUAGACAAGAUCCGGGAGAACCGCGGCCUGGACUUCUUCAGGGUCACCGUUGGGGUGGACGGCACCCUCUACAAGCUCCACCCGCACUUCUCGGCUGUCAUGCAUGAAACGGUGCGCAAGCUGGCUCCGAAGUGCGAGGUGAGCUUCCUUCAGUCCGAAGAUGGCAGCGGCAAAGGGGCGGCGCUCAUCACGGCCGUGGCUUGCCGCAUCCGCGAGGCCGGCCAGCACUAGCCCCUCCUCCCUCCCUCCUUCCCUCGGGGUCGCCUUUCCCCCGCUUUGCAGGGACCCCCUCCCCCACCCCUUAAGCUCCUCUGCAUGCCCCGCAAAGGGCACAUCCCUUGCUGUAGGAUGUCCCCACGCGAUGUCUCCCACUGAUGUGGCGCCAGAAGAAGAAAAUGCAAAACUCUUUGGAGAAUGGAGUUGGGAAGAUCAGGGUGGCGUUUCCAUGACAUCUCUUUCGCAAAGGCAUGCAUCCACAUGGCAUGGUUAGACCAUUUUGAUACUCCAUCCUCUGUUUGCAAUUUGGGGAGGAGCUUUCAUCCCAGAAGCCAAAGGGCUCUUCUGAAAUGGCAAAUUCCAGGCUCCUUGGUCGCCCAGUGCUGUGAAUGUGUAGCAUAGAUAUAGCCAGGAAAACACAAAGGAAGAAGAGCAAGCCUCUUUGGAGAAUGGGCUUGCAAGAUCAAAGUGGGGCUUCAAUGCAAAGCCAUGCCCUCUCUUACAUUAAAAGGGUGGGCAAAUGCUCAUUUCAGGGAUGGAAAUGCAUAGAGGGGCACUUGGGAGGGAUUGCACCCGUAUUAGACAGUUACGCCGCUUUGGUACUGCCUUCAUUGGGCUUGGAAGGCCAAGGACAAACAGUCAUAGCCUCUCAUUAUUCAAGACAAGGUGCAUAUACACUGCACACUGCAGCCAAUUCGAUACUGUGGUCAUCAAUUCAAUUCUAGCGUUUAGGACUUAGAAUCCCAUCCCAGUCAUCCACCCUAUUGAAUCAGUGCAGCUUUUCGCCCCUUGAAAAGCCGCAGCUCAGUGCUAUGGGGUCCAUCCAUGGGAGCUCCAGUUUGGCAGAGAAGGCGACAGGCCCAGGCCUGUUGCCCAGGGGUCCUCAAACUACAACUCCCAUGAUUCCAUGGCAGUUCAAAUGCGACAGAGUGGAUGUUGUUGCCUUGGAGAAUGCCCAAGCCCCUCUUCUCAAACUGCAAAUCCCCAAACUCUGCAAAAUGGCAGUCGAAGCAGCAUCAAAGUGCUAUAGAUGUCUAGUACAGACUAGAUUAGGAUAUUUGCACAGAGUGCUCUCUGUACUUCCUACAAGGGAGGAUGGGACGCAUUGCUUUCCAAUGGGGAGUCAAGCCAGGACUUUGAAAAUUGGAAUUCCCAUCUCUUGGGGUUCUAGAGACCGAAGUCCAAGGUUCUAGAGACUGCAUUCCAAGUAUCCCUGACACCAUCCACUUUGCAGAAUUGUACCCGUUUGAGACCCCUUGAACUGGAAUCCUGGGGUUUGUAGUUUGUUGUGGCAACAAGGUCUCAGGGAGGGAAUGCUGAACAUUCCAACAAACUACAAACCCCGUAGCAGUUAAAGUGGUGCCAAAUGUGACAUCAAUUCUGAGGUGCGGAUGCAGCCAUUGUGGAAUGGAUUGAAUGACAGUUGGAUGAAUGGACAUGUGCCUGGAAAGGGAGUGGGGGAAUUGGACCAUUUCCCACCUCCUCCUCCUUCCCUUGUAAGUGCAAAUAUAUCUUGCAUUUGUGUG